AUGCAGCUUGGCCUCAGACCACGUCUCUCUCGCCUCUCCCGUCCCUCCUUGCUAGAUCUAGUCCGUUGUGAAAAUAUCACAAAGAUUUCCCAGCGCCCUGCCAACCUCGAGACCGACCUCCCACUAGAGGUCCCGCUGCCCGAGAGCCCUGUCAAGGACACACCCGAAGAGGUCCACGAAGAGAUCUCCUUCGUAGUCAGCCCUCCGCCGCUUUUACCGACCGAAAAGACAUCAGAUAGCGAAGGAGAGGACUCUAUCGCCAAGAAAAUGCCUCCCAAACAGCAGAAGAAACAGGAUGAUGGCGACGAACAGGCGGGCUCCGUCUUUUCCAUCUCCGGACCCGUCAUUGUCGCUGCCAACAUGAUCGGAUGCGCCAUGUACGAACUUGUGCGCGUUGGCCACGACAACUUGGUCGGAGAAGUCAUUCGUAUCGAGGCCGACAAGGCCACCAUCCAGGUUUACGAAGAGACUGCCGGUGUGACCGUUGGCGAUCCUGUUGUGAGGACCGGCAAGCCUCUUUCCGUCGAGCUUGGCCCCGGUCUCAUGGAAACCAUUUACGACGGUAUCCAGCGUCCCCUAAAGAGCAUUGCCGACGCCGCAGAGAGCAUCUAUAUUCCCCGCGGUAUCAAUAUCCCCGCCCUCGACCGCAAAAAGAAGUGGGAUUUUACCCCAGGCAAAUACAAGGUUGGCGACCACAUCACCGGUGGCGAUGUGUUCGGCAGCGUUGUCGAGAACAGUCUUCUCAACGACCACAAAAUCUUGCUUCCUCCUCGCGCCAAGGGAACCAUCACCCGUCUCGCAGACAAGGGUAGCUACACCGUCGAUGAGAAGAUCCUAGAGCUCGAGUUCAACGGCACCAAGACUGAAUACAGCAUGAUGCACCAAUGGCCUGUCCGUGUUCCUCGUCCCAGUUCCGAGAAGCUGUCGUCCGACCGACCGCUCAUUGUCGGACAACGUGUGCUUGACGCUCUCUUCCCCAGUGUUCAAGGUGGAACUGUGUGCAUUCCCGGCGCUUUCGGCUGUGGCAAGACGGUCAUUAGUCAAUCUCUUUCCAAAUUCUCCAAUUCCGACAUCAUUGUCUAUGUCGGGUGCGGAGAACGAGGAAACGAGAUGGCUGAAGUGUUGAUGGAUUUCCCCGAACUUACCAUCAAUGUUAACGGCAAGGAGGAACCCAUCAUGAAGCGCACAACACUGAUUGCCAACACAUCGAACAUGCCCGUGGCCGCCCGAGAAGCUUCCAUCUACACGGGUAUCACAGUGGCAGAAUAUUUCAGGGACCAGGGCAAGGAUGUAGCUAUGAUGGCUGAUUCCUCGUCGCGUUGGGCUGAGGCUCUCCGUGAAAUUUCUGGUCGUCUCGGAGAAAUGCCUGCUGACCAAGGUUUCCCCGCGUACCUUGGAGCCAAGCUGGCCUCUUUCUACGAGCGCGCUGGUCGCGUCACCGCGCUCGGAAGCCCCGAACGACACGGAAGUGUCAGUAUCGUCGGUGCUGUCAGUCCCCCAGGAGGAGAUUUCUCCGAUCCCGUUACGACGAGUACGCUCAACAUUGUGCAAGUGUUUUGGGGCUUGGACAAGAAGCUUGCGCAGCGCAAGCAUUUCCCAUCGAUUAACACAGGUCUGAGUUACAGUAAAUACACGACUGCGCUCGAUAAGUACUACGUCGAAAAUAACCCCGAAUUCCCUCGGCUGCGCGAUCGCAUCAAGGAACUUUUGACGACGUCUGAAGAUUUGGAUCAGGUGGUGCAGCUGGUUGGUAAAUCUGCUUUGGGCGACGGCGACAAGAUCACGCUGGACGUUGCAACACUGCUCAAGGAGGACUUUUUGCAGCAGAAUGGAUACUCAGACUACGAUCAGUUCUGCCCGUUGUGGAAGACGGAGUGGAUGAUGAAGAACAUGAUGGCGUUCCACGACGAAGCGCAGAAGGCGGUCUCGCAGGGACAUGCCUGGCCUAAGAUUCGCGAGAACACGUCAGAGAUCCAAACAGAGUUGCGCAGCAUGAAAUUCGAGUUGCCCAGCGACGGCGAAGAAGCUGUGUCCAAGAAGGUAAGCCUCACAAUAUCCAGCAAUAGACAAUGUGCAAGGCAGCAAGCUAAUAAGAUGUGCAGUACGAGGAGCUGCUGCAGAAGAUGACGGACAAGUUUGCAGCAGUCAUCGACGAGUAAGGAAGGUUUCAGUU